AAUCGGCAUUGCCAAUUCGAAUUCUGUAAUAGAAAGCCAGUUUCAAAGUCCGAUCAUGACUAAUAUCAUUCUGAAAUCUUCCGAGCUUUGUCUUCUCUAGGCACUGCUCUAACUUAACCUCAGUUUUUAAACAGAAUCCUGACUCUGGUGCACACAAACAAAAAUAAUGACCCUUUACAUGCCCUUGUUCCGGUCAUGCACUACCUUAAGAACUCUAACUCAACUCCAUGCCCACCUUUUGGUCACUGGCCUUCACAGUGACCCACCUGCCUCCAGUAGGCUUAUUGAGUCCUAUGCCCGAAUGGGUACCCUUCAAUCUUCAAGACUUGUCUUUGAAACCUUCACAAAACCUGAUUCUUUCAUGUGGGCUGUACUCAUCAAGUGUUAUGUGUGGAACAAUCUCUUUGAAGAAACCAUUUCACUCUACCAUAAAAUGAUAUACAACCACGGCCUUAUUAGUAACUUUAUAUAUCCAUCGGUUUUGAGAGCUUGUUCUGGUUCUGGUAAUCUGGUUAUUGGUGGAAAAGUUCAUGGAAGGAUAAUCAAGUGUGGAUUUGAUAAUUAUGAUGUUGUUGAGACUUCACUUGCAGGUAUGUACGGUGAAAUAGGCUGUUUAGACGAUGCUAGGAAAGUGUUUGAUAAAAUGUCAGUGAAAGAUGUGGUUUCGUGGAGUUCCAUUAUUAAGUGUUGUGUUAAUAAUGGGAAGGUUGAUGAAGGGCUCGAGAUAUUUCGUCUGAUGAUUAUUGAAGGUGUUCAACCGGAUUAUGUGACGAUGCUUAGUGUGGCUAAGGCUUGUGGCGAAUUGUGUUUUCUGAGACUAGCGAGUUCUGUUCAUGGUCACGCAUUGCGGAAGAAGAUUGAGAUUGAUGGACCAUUGGGUAAUUCUCUUAUUGUAAUGUAUAGUAAAUGUAAUGAUUUGUCAAGUGCUGAGAAGGUUUUUGUCACGUUGAAGAAAAGAUGUACUACUUCAUGGACAGCUAUGAUUUCUUGCUACAACAGAAGUGGUUGUUUUCGAAAAGCUUUAGAUGUUUUUGUUAGGAUGCUUGAGGUUAGAGCGAAACCCAAUUCAGUAACAAGGUCAACUAUCUUAGGUUCAUGUGCAGGAUUAGCUUGGCUUAGAGGAGGGAAGUCGGUUCAUUGGCAUAUUAUUAUAAAAGAUAUGGAAUCCAAGUCUGGUUAUUUGGGGCCAGCAUUGAUUGAAUUUUAUGCUGCAUGUGGUGAAUUUAGCAAAUGUAAGAAGGUUCUUCAUACACUUGGAGAGGGGAAUAUCAUAUCAUGGAAUAUGCUCAUAUCACAAUAUGCUCAGAAAGGAUUGUUGAAGGAGGCAUUGGCAGUCUUUGUACAGAUGCAGGCACAGGGUCUAAUGCCAAGCUCAUUUAGUUUGCCAAGUUCUCUGUCAGCUUGUGGAAAUAUGGGUUUUUUGCAGCUUGGGCUUCAGAUACAUGGUUACAUCAUUAAAAGAGAAUUUUCAAAUGAAGUUGUCCAGAAUUCACUAAUUGAUAUGUACUCCAAAUGUGGUCUUGUGAAUUUAGCAUGCACAGUAUUUUAUGGGAUCCAACAGAAAAGUGUUGUAACGUGGAAUUCUAUGAUUUGUGGAUUCUCCCAAAAUGGCUUUUCAGUUGAAGCAAUCAAUCUUUUUCGUCAAAUGUACUUGAACAGUCUUCAGAUGGAUGAAGUGACCUUCUUAGGUGUACUUCAAGCUUGCUCCAAUUUGGGUCAUCUUAAAAAGGGAAAAAGGGUUCAUCAGAUGCUCAUUUGCUAUGGUAUAAGGAAGGAUAUUUAUAUUGACACAGCACUAACUGACAUGUAUGCUAAGUGUGGAGACCUUCAAACGGCUCAAAGAGUCUUCAGUAGCAUGUCGGAAAGGAAUGUGGUAUCCUGGAGUGCCAUGAUCGCGGGUUAUGGAAUGCAUGGUCAGCUAAGGACGGCCAUCUCACUCUUCAAGCAAAUGCUAGAAUCCGGAAUAAAACCCAAUGAAGUUACCUUCAUGAACAUUUUAUGGGCUUGCAGUCAUUCAGGUUCUGUGGAAGAAGGGAAGGUUUAUUUUAACGCAAUGAGGGAUUUCGGAGUUGAGCCAAACUCAGAACACUAUGCUUGCAUGGUUGACCUUCUAAGCCGCACUGGUCAUAUCGCUGACGCAUAUCAAAUGAUCCACUCGAUGCCAUUCCGUGCUGAUGCUAGCAUUUGGAGUACUCUUCUUAACGGGUGCAGAAUCCACCAAAGAACAGAUAUGAUUAACAUCAUUGAAAACGACCUUUCAGAUAUUCGUACAAGCGAUACUGGAUGCUAUACUAUGUUAUCUAAUAUAUAUGCCGAAGAAGGAAACUGGAAUAAGUUUGGGAAGGUGAGAGCAGUUAUGGAUGGUUCUGAUCUACGGAAGGUCCCUGGAUACAGUAGGAUUGAGCUUGAUACUGAGAAUUCAUUGGUUUAGAGUUGGUAAUAUAUUUCAAAGAGUGAGGAAAUUUACAGAAUUUUAGCAAAUUUUCAAAUUUGCACUUGAAAAUUUAAAUACACCAAAAGAAAGAGUUUGAUGACUGACAGUAGUGUAUUUCCCAUAGAAAGAAAUAGUCACUUACAGCUGCAAGCUGGCGAUUGCUCUGGGAAAGACCAAUACCAGUAAUCUCUUCCCUUUCUUCUGAUUGGUCUUUCUUUCCCCGGAAUUGUCCAAAAUCAUAGGUAGAGUGGUUGUUACACAGAGUUUUGACUCGGUUU